AUGCUCGAAGUCGACCCUCAGAAGGCUAUCACUUACCAGCAGACCCUGCAGGAGAAGCGCAAUUUGGCCGCAUCGAGAGCCAUGGACACUGCAAAUGAGGACCGCUGGAAGCGCCGCGUAACGUAUGUCGACUCCGCGGGGAAGUUCAGCUGGCACAAUCAUGCGUACAAGCUAUAUUCAAGCACGCAAGACCACGACUUAUGGUGCUAUCCAAUAUCCAAGCUGCGUUUCAAUCACCCACGCCAGAUAGCCGACGUACUGCCGCUUCUCCGUAUGCAUGUUGUCGUGUGGACACUGCUCGACAGUGUUGCACUGCAUCCGCCACCAACAGACGCCACGGGUCACGAUCGCAAGAUUCGAGCCAAGGGGCAGAUUGUGAAGCGCAGCAACCGCCCAACAGGUGCCCAGAGUGAUACAGAAGUGACGAUAAAUGUUGACAUCACCAUGGACUUCAUGUCGAAUCCCAACAAGACCACUAUGGAGAUUGUUGCACCACUCAGGGCGAGCAAGAUUGGUUCAAGGACGCUUAAUCCAUCAAUGUUCAGUCUUACCGUGCAGAUCAAGCUGAAUGGUGUUAUCGAGGUCACUGAUAUCAGCGGCGCUCAACAGACUGUCAAGGAUGGCAAUGGUGACUUGUCGACUGAGCUGCAUACGAAGCUUGGGAAGAUACUCACUGCUACCGAGGAUUUGGGAGUUGCGGUGCAGUGGCUGAUUUACUCUCGUACUUGA